GGCCAGUCAAGGAUCCGAACUGAAGACCGCCCGCCAGCUGCGUGUGGAUGGCUGGGAUUAUUGAUUGAAAUCUUUGACGUGUGGUCUUCUGAGCAGCCCCCUUUUUCGAUCUGAUCUGUCAGUAAAAAAAGGGUGUCCUGUUCGAUCAACACAUAUUCGAUGCAGUCGUAAGGACUCCUACUCCUCACCUCUUUGCUGUUCAUAGUUCUGCGCGUCCACCCUCGAGAUUGCCUCCUUCAAGUCUCUCGUUCACCCUCCCUUCUUUUUUCUGUACUUUUGUUUUAGUGGCUCGUUGAGGGAUGCGUCCGCUUGGUCUCGUAUCCUCGACCCCAUACCGCCCAGUAAUUUGACAUGCGCAGAACAUCAGUUUCAUUACCAACCAACAACAGAGUCGCCCGCGACCCUCACGAGAAACGCGCCCGCUACGACCACAACCAGCGCGACGUCGGCAUCCUGGAGCAACUCGUGACGACCAUGAACCAAGCCCGGCAGGCGCGAUGGUUUAAAAUCAUCGCUGUCCUGACCGGCAUCUUGUUUCUGGUCUUCUUCCUGACGCCCUCGGGCAUGGAGCUCCCCCUCGGCAGGGCAGCAGGAGGAGGAGGAGGAGGAGGAGGAGGCAGACCAGCAGUGCCAGUGUCGAGGCCAGCGUCUGGCGGCGCCGGUCAGGGCCAGGCCCCCACCGACUCUUCGUACGGCACCUCCAAGUGCGCCAAGUCCUUCUCCAAGGACAAGCCCAUCGUCCAGUAUGUCCUCAUGGUCGACGCCGGCAGCACCGGCUCGCGCAUCCACGUCUACAAGUUCAACAACUGCGGCGCCGCCCCGGAGCUCGAGAGCGAGCUCUUCGAGCAGACGGCCAAGAAGGAGGGCGGCAGCGGCCUGAGCGCCUACCCCAAUGACCCCGAGGCCGCCGCCAAGAGCCUGGACGUCCUUCUGGACAAGGCCAUGAAGGAGGUGCCCGACAAGCUCAAGUCGUGCUCGCCCAUCGCCGUCAAGGCCACGGCCGGCCUGCGCCUGCUCGGCAAGGAGAAGAGCGACAAGAUCCUGGCGGCGGUGCGGAAGCACCUCGAGAACGACUACCCCUUCCCGGUGGUUGCGGGCGAGAGCGGCGUCACUAUCAUGGACGGCAAGGAUGAGGCCAUCUACGCUUGGGUCACCGUCAACUACCUGCUGGGCAAGAUCGGCGGCCCCGACCGCAGCGAGACGGCGGCCGUGCUCGACCUCGGCGGCGGCUCCACCCAGAUCGUCUUCGAGCCCACCUUCAAGGGCGCCCCGCACGGCGGCAUGCCCGAGAAGCUGGCCGAAGGGGACCACAAGUACGCGCUCGACUUUGGCGGGCGCAAGUUUGAGCUGUACCAGCACUCGCACCUGGGCUACGGCCUCAUGAGCGCGCGCGAGGCCAUCUUCAAGACGCUCGUCGACGAGAUCCACGAGUCCAAGAAGGACGACAGGAGCUGGCUCAACGCCCCCGUCGUCAACCCCUGCUUCGGCGCCGGCAUGACAAAGACCAUCAAGGUCAAGCUCGGCGACGGCCACGCGCUCGGCAAGGAGAUGGAGAUCAACAUGACGGGCCCCAAGGCCGCCGCCCCGGCCCAGUGCCGCGCCCUGGCCGAGAAGGUGCUCAAGAAGGACGUCGAGUGCAAGCUCGCCCCCUGCUCCUUCAACGGCGUCCACCAGCCGUCCAUCGCCAAGACCUUCGCCAAGGAGGACAUCUACUUCCUGUCGUACUUCACCGACCGCGCCCAGGCUCUCGGCAUGCCCGAGUCCUUCUCGCUCAAGGAGAUGCGCGACCUGGCCGACGUGGUCUGCGGCGGCAAGGAGGCCUGGGGCGUCUUCCAGGGCGUAAAGGGCGCCCUCGAAGAGCUCGACGGCCGCCCCGAGUACUGCCUCGACCUCAACUUCAUGCUGGCCCUCGUCCACACCGGCUACGAGAUGCCCAUCGACCGCGAGAUCAAGGUUGCCAAGAAGAUCAAGGACAACGAGCUCGGCUGGUGCUUGGGAGCCAGUCUGCCGCUCCUGGCCAAGGGGUCUGGAUGGACCUGCAAGAUCUCUGAGAUCCACUGAGCGAGGAGCAUGUAUCGCCCGUCAUGAAGGAGCCGGAUUCCAACCAAGCUUUGGCAACGACAGACCUGUUUCGCCGUUUGCUGGGGCUAGUUUUACGCGGCGUUUGGGUGUCAAUUUUGUAGAAUUAAACGGGGUCAUAUAUAAGAAUACCCUUGCGAGAUCCGUUUCCAUACACUGAUACCAAACAAUAAGACGUGGUCUCUAUCCAGACUACUCCACAAUUUUACUCGA